GAUUAUAUAGCUUGUUCGGGAUAUCUCGACACUUAUCGUUUAUUUGUAUGAAAAUCAAUCAACUGUAGGUAGUUUUGUUUGCUAUAUACUGUUCGAUACGACUUUAAAUACAUUCAAGUGCGUGUAGUAAUAAUGGAUUUAAAAUGGAAACCACGUCAUAGUGUAAUAAUUGUUUUAUAACUUUCUGAACUGCUCUUAUUAUAUCUUAUUCGUUACUGUAACCGUGGAUUAAACAGUGUUUCCUGUGUGAAAAAUCUAAUCAAAAUUUAAUUUAACCGUUGACGAUAAGAAGUCAACCGGAAGUAAUUAUUUAAGGAAGCCAUCACCGCCACCGACGCCGAAAAUGAAGACGACGGCGACCAUAAUAACGACGCCGUCAAAGGCUCACAGCGCUCCCUUGCGGAAGUCACGUGACAUCGGGUCGGAUCGGAACAAAACGACUCGACAUCCGUGGGAGGACCGGAAGGCCUUAAGCGAGGAGUACGAGGGCGAGGUGUCGGGUCGAGAGAGCUGGUGGCGAACCUACAUCCGAGAGACACCCUGUCCCGGCGCUUAUGACAUGGAUGCUCAGUACUGGUACUAUGACCUUGAGAAGAAACCAAACACGUACAGGUUCAAGUCGGACGGCCGUAAAGUGGAUCCCCACCCCCACGGGAAAGGCGCCAUUUUAUUGCCUGGGGCGUACGACCACAAGGAUUUUCUGUCACGGUUGGAGCGGAACCCCACAACCUAUGGGUUUAAAACCGGAGAGAGAGACAAGUUCGACGUGCUUAAUUUUGGUAGAAAAGAUAAGGACGUCAAUGUCCCGCCUAACAAUUACGCUGUUGAGAAGUAUAUGACAUUGACCGUGGAAAAACAACCGUCAAAACACAGCGUUUUCAAGUCCCAGUCAAAACGGUUUCCAACUAUCCAGUUUAAACCGCGUGAUGGUCCAGCGCCAGGGAAUUAUGAAUACCACGAAGUUUUUCCACCCAAAAUAGCAGUCUCGUCUGUCUUUAAGUCGAAAACACCGCGUUUCUCCAGCUCGCAUACUAGAGUUCCUGGUCCGGGAGCCUACGAGAAAACUUUUCAGGCUACACCCAAUGGCGUUCUUCAGAAAAUGGGCAGACAGCACGGGCUAUUCUUUUCCAGCGCGUUCCAAGUGUGAAAUAACGAUGUGACGUCAUAGCAAAAGUGGCAUUAUAACAGACUUCAUUUAAGUUCUGGGUUCGAAUUUACCCACUGAUUCAUAUACUUCAGACUAUAAGGAAUAUACUUAGACUUUUACUGUUUUAUAUUCGCUUAAAUAUUGAGUUUAAUGCUGCCGUAAGCAAUUAGCCGCUUUUAAUUAUUUCGUACUUUAUUUAGAAAAAGUUUGACGGCUUCUUUAAUAUAUUUGCAAACCGUAAAAUUAAUAUUUUAGCACAAAUACCAUUAUAGCAUAAAUACCGGUACUCUCUAUAUUCUCAAGACUAACAAUAGUUCCGUACACAUUAGUUUUGAAUUCUAUCGAAUUACCGCCUGUAGAUUUGAAAUGUUCAACAGUUUUGAACUACCCCACGAUUACAUUGCAGCUAGCGAAACUAUAAUCUUGUGCUAAGAACGACGCUUGGGAAGUAAAGUCAGGAAGUCGAGAAGUCAGAAAAGUGGUCCACAACGAUUGUACUUGGGGGACAUCAACGUUUAGGGAUUUUUCUUAUUGCUUAUUUAUUUAGAAGUUACCAUUUUUACUUUUAUCCAUAUUGUCUAAGAUUAAGCAGUUGUUAAUGGUAUCUAAAGCUGUUUAGAGUAUUGCAUUUGUAAUUCAUUUUUUAAAUAUUGUUUUUGUUUUCUGGGAUUUCAUAGUUUUGACAGGUUUUGUUUUGUUUUGUUUUUGUCGCUUAACAAUAUAUGGUCAAGCUGUUUUUAAACAGAUGUAUAUGCUUACGAUUGCCACCUGAUUUGUCACAUUAUGAUAAAAACUCACUUGACUUAAAGCCCCAUUAAUACUCAAAAUCAACGAAAAAAUCGUACAAUAUUUCGUAAAAUAAAGUUAAACAAUUAACAAUCAGUUUUCCUUAUGGCAAUUGCCGAAAUUUCAACGCCAAAUGUGGUCUGGUAAAAUAGAUGUUUGUAGAUACAAAAUGCUCGUUUUUAUUAUUGUUUUGCAUAUUUAAUUCCAUUUUAAUUUCCCGCAAUGAUAUCUAUUCAUACGACACAUGAACACUAACAUGGUACCAUUUCAGUUUUCGUGUGUCGUAUGAAUAUAUAUAUAUUCGCGGGAAAUCAAUAAGAAAUUAAUUGUGUCACAGAUAGAUAAACACGAGCAUUUUGUAUCUACACAAAUCUAUGUAAUCAUACCACAUCUAGCGUUGAAACUGUGGCUAUUGCUUUAAGGAACACUGGUUGUUAAGGUGUUAACUUUAUUUUACGAAAUAAUUUACGAAAUUUUCGUUGAUUUUGAGCAGUAUAGAGGCUUUAAAGUAGCAUAAGUACUCCCAAAAUCAACCAACAUUUCGAACAAUAUUUUGAAACAAUACAGUUAACACAUAAAAAGUCAAUAUUCCUAAUAGCCAAAGCAAAACUUUUAACGCUAGAUGUGGUCAGGUAACAUAGAUUUAACAAGACACAAAAUGCUCUUUUUUGCGGGACAAUACAUUCAACACAUGUUCAUGUACCAAGUUAGUGUUUGUGUGUCGUAGGAAUAUAUAUCGUUGCGGGAAAUUAAAAUGGAACAUUUUGCCAAAAAAUAAAAUAAAAACGAGCAUUUUGUGUCUAUGUAAAAUCUAUGUUACCAUGUCACAUGUAGGGUUGAUAUUUUGGCUAUUGCAAUAAGGAACAUGGAUUUUGUAUGUGUUAAUUUUAUUUUUCGAAAUAUUGUACGAACUUUUCGUUGAUUUUAAGGGUUUAUGUGCGUUUAAGUUAUUAUAACUUUGAGGUGAUGCUUCAAAGCAUAACACAUCUCAUUGGUAUACACUGAAUACAUUCAUUUUUUCGUUGAACUACUUUUAUAUUUAGAGUCUUUUGUUCAUCUUUUUGACGUGUGCUCACUAUUCUUGUAUUUGUUAGACACUAUUUGUCAGUAUCAGUAUUAUCAGGUUUUUGAGUAUUUAAAGAUUAAAUUAUGUUGUGUUGUAUUGAAAAUACGAAUAAACUAUAAAACAUA